AUGAGCUACGAUCCCGACGGUGACGCUUCCGAUGAUGGCUGGGACGUCAUCGUACAAGCCAAUCGGACAGCGCAACUUGUACGUACGGCCAGGCCAAGCACGUCGACCGGGGCACGCAGCGCUCCAGUCGUCAUCGAUGAAGAUGAAGAUGAGUUGGCGGCCGAGGAAGAUCGCCGAAUCGUACGAAAUCCUCCCGAAGAGCCUGCGCCUGCGCCUGCCGAGCCAGAUGAAGGCCUCACAGAAGAUCUCCACCAAUUGGACGCCGAGAUUGAUUCCAUAGAUCAGCAAAUCGUAGAGCUGCAAGCCCUCAAGACCCAGCUACUCGUGCGGCACAGGGCGCUGAAGAUUGAGAUCCAAGCUUUUGUGCGACCUGUAGCGCCCGCAGCGAAGCCAGUGCAGAGAUCAACGAGUGCGACCGAUUAUAAGAGCCAUAGCUUUGCAUGGUCGGCGGAUCUGAGAAAGCAUCUCAAGUCUGUCUGGCAUAUCGACACGUUCCGUCCGCUGCAAGAAGCGGUAUGUAACGCCGUCAUGGACGGUCGCACGCUCAUGGCCAUCAUGGCAACUGGCUCUGGCAAGAGCUUAUGCUAUCAAUUGCCCGCUUUGCUUCAAGAAGGCACGACCGUCAUCAUUAGUCCGCUGUUAUCCCUCAUACAUGACCAACUGUAUUCACUCCGUGAAGUGGGCGUCGAGGCCGAGGCACUCAUUGGCACGACGACGAAAGAGCAGACGAACGGUAUCAUGGCGCGUCUGCAGAGAGGCGAUGAUAUCAAACUGUUAUACGUCACUCCAGAGAAAGUUGUCAAGUCCAGACGACUCGUCAAUGUUCUCACAAAACUGGAAACUGCCGGUAAUCUUGCGCGGAUUGUCAUUGACGAGGCGCAUUGCGCAUCGCAGCAGGGUCACGACUUCAGACCUGAUUAUCGCCAGCUCGUUAUGCUCAGGAAACUCUUUCCCGAGGUGCCCUUUACCCUCGUCACUGCUACGUGUAGCCCGACAGUACUCAAGGAUUUGCUGAGCAUCCUUGAGCUGCCCCCGGUUACCGAGCCGUCCGCAGCCAACGCAUACGGGACUGUACUCUUCCGAGCGCCGCUAUAUCGAGCGAAUCUGCAUUACACCGUCAAAGCAAAGCCAGCUUCCCCACCCGCCCUUGUCGAAGAGAUGGUAGAUUUCAUACAAGAAUACCAUCGUGGUCAGUCUGGCAUCGUUUACUGCCUCAGUCAGAAGGAUACCGAGACGACUGCGCAAGCUAUAGAGGAAGCUAGCAAAGGCGGCAUUGUUGCUCGAGCGUUCCAUGCUGGCCUCGAGGAUGCAGAGAAGGAACGCUGCCAUCGAAAAUGGCGUAAUAAAUCCAUUCAAGUCAUCUGUGCCACGUCAGUACGAGACUGCACCUUUGGGCUCGGCGUAGACUCGCCUGACUGUCGCUUCGUCUUCCAUCACUCGCUGUCGAAGAAUCUGGAUGCCUAUUUGCAAGAAUCCGGCCGGAGCGGACGCGAUGGCAGAGAUGCUUCCUGCGUACUCUGGUACAGGUCUCAGGAUAUUCCACGUAUGGCGAGUCUGGUCGCUACAGAUCGGGACGGCAGCAGGAAGCUGGGCACGAUGAUCUCCUAUGCCUCAGAUCUGAAGACCUGCAGGAAACUCAUCUUUGCGAGAUACUUUGCCGACACACACGGCUCUGCCAUGGGUUUUGCUGCCAAUAGUCGCACUGGCAUUGCGGAAGCAGAGGCCUGUGGGCAUUGUGACAACUGUUUGCGGUCGCCGGGAGAUGUUUCGACCGUCGAUAUCAGAGAACAUGCAUGGAAGAUCCUGCGCGUGCUCGCGGAAGCUGUGCGUAACGAUGGUCGACUGACGACGGGUCAGCUCUGCGAUCUCGUCCGUGGUCUUGGCAGUGGUCUUUACAACACAGAGUCGCGCGGUGGCAAGGCUGGUACUGGCAGAGGAAAGAUCGAUCUAGCCAGCAUUGCCGAGGGCAAAGUACUGCUGUCAAAGGAUGACACGGAGAGCGUCAUCAUCAAACUUUGGCUAGAUGGCAUGAUCGGUGACAUCUGGAAGACGACUGCGUAUAGCUACAUACAAUAUCUCAAACCGAACGCGUCAGCCCUGCGCUUGACACGAUUCGAUAGUUGGGCCGAGUGCGAAAAGGCCUGCUCGCCCAUCACGCUGCACAUGUCCACUCGUACGAGGGCGAGCAGAGCUAGCAAGGGCAGAGCAAAGACGAAGCGCAAAUCUGCAGAGCUAGAAGACGAAGGAGAAGACGUAGACGACGGGAGCGACGAGGUAGUUCAGAUCGUCCAGUCCCGCAAGCGUCUCAGAGGCGUCUAG